AUGGCAAACGUUCACAGUACUGAAGCAAGACCACGACACCCUUGCAGUGUUGUAGGAUGUGGAAAAACAUUUCUUUACAAUCAUGGACUCUCAAGACAUUUUGGAACAGAGCAUGCCGAGAAUCCUGUUCGAUUUUGUUGCACCCUUUGCAGCAAGGAAUAUACGACAAAGCUAAACCUAGAAGCUCACAUAGCAGCUCAUACGGGAGAAAAAAGCUACAAGUGUGACACCUGCGGAAUGAUCUUUGUAACUCAUUACAGAUUGAAAGCACAUCAGGAAGUCCACAGGGAGAAAUCCAAAAGAAAAGUUUACAAGUGCGAAUUAUGUCCUAGCACUUUCUUGUCCAAGAUGGGAAUCUCCCGUCACGUUAGGACCAUCCAUGGAGACAGGAAUUAUCUGUGCACCCAUUGUAACAAGAAGUACAACAGAUUGUCCGGUUUGAGGUACCACAUUCUAACGAAGCACAAGACAGAAGACAUGCCAAGCUAUUCGUGUGAGGAAUGCGAGUAUAAGACAGUGGUAAAAACAAACCUUAAGCUUCAUAUCAAGCGGGUUAAGGCCCCGCAAAUAUUUUAUGAAAGCAUGAUUUUGCACAAAAUCACGACCGCAUUGGUCACGAAAAUCACGAUUAAAACGAAUAUUGUGGCUGGAUGGAAUAAAGUCGAGCUCUUUUUCUGUGGAAGGGCUCACUACGAACUCUACCCUUUGAAUGAAAGGCGACCACUUAAAUUCUAA